GAUAAACGGCAUUUUAGCUCAUUUUGUCACCACAGAAGAAGAGCAGGACCAGGCAGAGACGCAGAACCAGAAGCUAGCCCUUUAGAGUGGACUGUAAAGUACACAGAACAUGUUGCCUUUUAUUUCAGUCGCGCUCAGAGGUGCAGCCAAGAAUAAAGUUUCUGUGGCGGUGCUGUCAAGCCGCUCCUAUGCCAGCUUCACUCCUCAGGCCACCUUCGACAUCAAGCCAUGUGAGGUUCACCGGCUGGACCAGGGUCCUCCAACACAAGCCGUGCUCACUCGAGAGGAGGGACUGAAGUACUACCGCACCAUGCAGAUCAUGAGACGCAUGGAGCUGAAAGCAGACCAGCUGUACAAGCAGAAGAUCAUCCGAGGCUUCUGUCACCUCUACGAUGGACAGGAGGCUUGUGCAAUGGGCAUCGAAGCUGCCAUCAACCUCACUGACCACCUUAUCACAGCGUACCGAGCUCACGGGUACACCUACACCAGAGGAGUGUCUGUGAAGGAGAUCCUGGCUGAGCUCACAGGUCGAAGGGGCGGAGUCGCCAAGGGCAAAGGAGGCUCCAUGCAUAUGUACGCCAAGAAUUUCUACGGUGGAAACGGCAUCGUGGGAGCUCAGGUUCCCCUCGGGGCCGGAGUGGCUCUGGCCUGCAAGUACCAGGGCAACAAUCAGGUGUGUGUCGCGCUGUACGGGGACGGAGCUGCCAACCAGGGGCAGAUCUUCGAGACGUACAACAUGGCGGCGCUGUGGAAGCUCCCGUGCAUCUUCAUCUGUGAGAACAACAAGUACGGCAUGGGGACGGCAGUGGAGCGAGCCGCUGCCAGCACAGACUAUUACAAACGAGGGGAGUUCAUUCCUGGACUGAGGGUGGACGGCAUGGACGUGCUCUGCGUCAGGGAGGCCACCAAGUUCGCCGCAGACCACUGCAGAUCCGGAAAGGGUCCAAUUCUUAUGGAGCUUCAGACUUAUCGUUACCAUGGACACAGCAUGAGUGAUCCCGGCAUCAGUUAUCGGACACGCGAGGAGAUCCAGGAAGUACGCAGCAAGAGCGACCCCAUCACCAUGCUGAAGGACCGACUAAUUAACAACAAUAUGGCCAGCGUGGAGGAAAUUAAGGAGAUUGACGUGGAUGUGCGUAAGGAGGUGGAGGAAGCGGCGCAGUUCGCCACGUCCGACCCCGAGCCCCCGCUGGAGGAGUUGUGUAACCACAUCUACUACAACGAGCCGCCCAUCCCGGUGCGAGGCACAAACCCCUGGGCCAAGCUCAGGUCGUCCAGCUGAACAGCAGCAGCUACGAGCUCUCCACAGAGCGAACGCUGCAGCCGCAGCCCUCGAAAAGCUCUUAGCCAGAAACGCACAACUGCCACCAUCACGUCUUCAUCAUCAUCAUCAUGUGCUCUUCUGACAUUUCAGCUGUUACAUAUUUGACACAUUUUACCCUGUUACUGUUCUGUUACUUCAUGUUUAAAUCCUCUGCUUUAUUUUUCUCUUUUCCUCUUCCUUCCUGAUGUAACCGGUUAUAAAAUAUUAUAAAUAAAAAAAAUACUACAAAUUAA